UGAGAACAGUAGAUUGGAUGAUUGAGAACAGUCUCGACGUUAUCCUUGUCUUCUUUUUUUUUUUUCUCUUCUCAUAUUUUUAUGUCCUUUUUUUUUUCUGAUUUUGAAUCAUGUUGUUGCUGUAGUUUUCUAUCCAUUUUUUUCAUAGCCCUCACACCCCCUUUAUUAGAUUUAGGUUUAGGUUAAUAAGGGAAGUGAGCUAUAGGCUGUUAAAGCCCACAAUGGGCUGUCUGCCCAACACGACCAAGCCAUAUAAGAAGGAAAAAUAAAGUAGAAAAUUAUAAUCUGACAAGAACAUAACAACAAGAUUGGGAUGAGGAGGAGCUUCUAUACUUUGUGAUCUUAUUUGCUUCAAACAUGUCUUUGUUCUUCAAUUUAGUCUGUUCUUUCUUUUCUCACUUAAAUGAUGGAGACGGACGACAGAAAGAAAAAAAAAGAAAAAAAAAAAGGAGAAAACGAUCGACCGCACUAUUGAAUAAUGUAGACAAUGAGAGAUGGAAUAGAAAGAGAAGAGAGAGAGAGAGAUAGUCGAAAGGGAGAUUUGUUGAUCGUGACGAGAAAGAACAGAGAGUAGUAGUUGGAAUCCAGUAGAAAGAAAUCGAAACCGACUGCCCAUAGGGCCUCAGCCCACAGUGGUCGUAAAAUCGAACAUUAUGUCUUCAUACUGGUUGAGCUAAGCAUAUGGACCAUCUUAUUCACCUUCCUAUGCUGGAAGUCGAUCCCAGAUUCGGCAUUCUGCAUACGGUGCCACCUUUGGGUCGGUACACCUAUCUCAGAUCUCAUGUACACAGUUCAUGCACACGACAACUUGGCUCUAUAUAUAGUGCCCCCUCACUCUGACGUUUCGUCUCACCCCAACUCCUCUUAGUUCUCCGGAGCCUUCCUCUAUGGCGCAGCCACGACUCGUCUCUCUCGCCUUCUUCGUCGCCGUCCUGAUCUCAGGCGCCCACUCCACCACCUUUAACUUCAAGAACAACUGCUCCGACCCUGUUUGGCCUGCCUCGCUGAACAAUUCCGGCAAAGGUGCUCUUUCCCAGACCGGAUUCCAGCUGGACAGUGGCGCCUCCUUUUCGCUGGAUGCGCCACCCGCCUGGGGAGGCCGGCUGUGGGCUCGGCACAAAUGUUCCACCGACUCGUCCGGUAGAUUCUCGUGCCUCUCCGGGGACUGCGGCACUGGGCAGGUGGCGUGCAAUGGGGCGGGAGGAGCGCGGCCGACCACGCUCGUCGAGUUCACCCUGCAGGGCGACGGAGGCAAGGAUUUCUACGACGUGAGCUGCAUCGACGGCUUCAACGUGCCGGUGUCGGUCGUUCCCAGCGGGGGAUCGAACUGCGACAGCACGUCGUGCCGGACGAACAUCAACGCGCGGUGCCCCACGGAGUUGCAGAUGCUGGCACCGGACGGGAGCGUGGUGGGGUGCAAGAGCGCAUGCGUAGCCUUCGACACGGACGAGUACUGCUGCCGGGGCCAGUACAAUAGCACGGACACAUGCAAGCCCACCAGCUACUCCAAGAUGUUCAAGGAUGCGUGUCCUCAAGCUUAUAGUUAUGCUUAUGAUGACAAGAGCAGCACCUUCACCUGCGUGGGGGCUAAUUACGAUAUCACCUACUGCCCUUGAAACCAACGUACAUCUAUCACAAGCUUCUUCUUAUCUCGCUUUGGCUCUCGAGAGAGCAUAAAUAAAAGAAGAGUUUCAAAGUUCUA